UUCCUUCCUUUUUUUUUUUUUUAAAUGCUAAUAAACCAAACAUAUUCUCUCCCUCCCUCCCUAUUAAACUGUUUUGCCCUUCGUCUGAACCAGGCACGAUGGCCUCUAACGCAUGGCGCAAACUCAAAAAAACCCUCAAGUCAAGGCUCUCAUUUCUCUCCACCCCCAGGUCCCCCGCCAACCACACAACUGCCACCACCGAAAUUCCCCGCGUCACCACCGCUACUCCUCCCCUACUUCCAACAAUAUCAUCAUCAUCCUCGUUCAGUUCUCGUCUCUCGCGUAGCUUCAGUCUCCACUCUUCUCCAAAAAAAUGUGCCAUUUGCUUGACGAGUUUGAAAAAAGGGCAAGGCCAAGCCAUCUUUUAUGCUGAGUGUUCUCACCCUCUCCACUUCAAUUGCAUUGCUGACAGUGUCAAGCAUGGUAAUCUCAGAUGCCCUGUUUGCCGCUCCAAAUGGAAAGAUGUACCUUUUCAAGCGCCAAAAAAUGUCCCCAGUUUUCAACGCAGUGGUUCAUUGCAUUCUUAUGUACCUAAUGCAUCUCCAGUUCAUAUUGAGCCGGAUCACUUCUCAGACGAUGAACUAGUCCCAGAUGUUUCUCAAGGUCAACCCUCUUCAUCUCGACCCCAUGCUAUAACUGUGAAGACUUUACCAGGGUAUCCUGCUGUUUCUGCUUCGGAAUCUUUCUCUAAGUUUGGUGUUCUUGUCCGUGUUCUCGCUCCUCCACUUGAUAAUACUCUACAUCAUCACCGUGCACCAAUUGAUAUUGUAAAUGUGUUGGAUGUUAGUGGUAGCAUGGCAGGCAAGCUGAUACUUCUCAAGCGUGCUGUCAACUUUAUCAUACAAAACUUAGGCCCUUCAGAUCGACUUUCGAUUGUGACUUUCUCUUCAUCAGCUCGAAGAAUCUUACCACUUAGAACAAUGUCUGGAAGCGGCCGUGAAGAUGCCAUAAGUGUUGUAAACUCUCUUUCAGCAACUGGCGGAACUAAUAUUGUUGCGGGGCUCAGGAAAGGGGUUCGGGUUCUGGAAGAACGGCGUCAACAUAAUUCAAUUGCAAGCAUUAUCCUUUUAUCUGAUGGUUGUGAUACACAAAGUCACAAUACUCAUAAUAGAUUGGAAUAUCUAAAGUUGUUACCGACUUCAAUUUUUCCUAGCAAUAAUGCAUCUGGAGAGGAGUCUCGGCAGCCAACUUUCCCAAUUCAUACGUUUGGGUUUGGAUUGGAUCAUGAUUCUGCUGCAAUGCAUGCUAUAUCUGAUGAAUCCGGCGGCACAUUUUCCUUCAUUGAGUCCAUUGACAUUUUACAAGAUGCUUUUGCAAGAUGCAUUGGUGGUCUUACAAGUAUUGUGGCUCGGGACGUUCAACUCAAAGUUAGGUCAGCAUCACCAGGAGUGCAGAUUUUGUCGACCCCUUCUGGGAGACACAAGAAUAAAAUUUUUGAUCAGGGACACCAAGCUACGAUUGAUAUCGGAGAUUUAUAUGCAGAAGAGGAGAAGAAUUUUUUAGUGCUCCUCUCAAUUCCUGUAUUUCCAACUGUUGAUGGUGAGGAAAUGUUGGAAAACAUGCCAUUGGUGGAUGUUUCAGGCUUUCAGAAAGAUUCGGUGUCGACGGAUACAGUCGAAGUAGAAGGUGAGAGAGUUGAGAUACGACGGCCUCAGUUUUUAUCUUCUACUGAUCGGGUACCGUGUUUGGAGGUUGAUAGGCAAAGAAAUCGUUUGCUAGUGACAGAAACUAUUGCCAAGACACAAAGGAUGGCUGAAAUGGGAGAUUUAAAGGGUGCACAGGCUCUUCUGGCAGAGCAACUAUCCACUCUUCUGUCUACAGCUUCUGCCCAAGCAGGAGAUUAUCUAUGUAAUCGGCUAGAAGCUGAGUUGAAAGAAACCAGGAAGAGAAUGGAAACCAGGGAAUUAUAUGAACGCUCUGGGCGUGCAUAUGUUCUUUCGGGAAUGAGUUCUCACUCAUGGCAAAGGGCUGCAACUAGGGGUCCCUCAAUGCCAAUCUCGUCAGGUGGGAACUCAGAUACGAGGACUACCACUAGCUAUGAAACGCCAUCUAUGACUACCAUGGUAACGAAGUCACAAAAUUUGAACUUGGCACCUAGAGAGUAGCUUGGGCAACUACAGCAACUUAAACAAAUCUUCCAGCUUGAUUGAUCAACAUCCAUAUGCAUUUACAACUAACACGAGCUAGAAACUCUUCAAGUAUUUUAUAAUUUUGAUAGCUUAGUGGUAGGUUAAUGAAAUCAAUUUUAAGGAUUCGAACUAAAAUAGUCUGCUUUUUUGUUUGAUUUUCAUUUUGUGGAUUGCCUCUAAAGUUGUACAUGAAUAUUGAAUCACAAGAUGUAUUACAUCACUGGUUUGGUUUGAGGUU